AUGCCGCCAAAAGCCUACGAACCAGGGACGAAAACCGAGUUCAUCCUAAGGGAAAAGACUCGGGCGUGCAAGCAGCUGUUUCAAAAAUGCCUCCACAUCCCGGACAUAGACGAGGACGACUGGCUGGCGCAGAAAAGCGCCGAGUUCAACUUGUGCACAUCCGGCCUUAAAGCCGACAAGCAUGGCCCAGAUUCUCUCGACUCUCGGCUGAGACUCCGCCCAGAUAUCAGAGAUGUCGUGGCCGAUCUCCUCGAUGGCCUGGUGACUGCCCUCUCCAAGUACCAAGAGAUAGAUCGAUCACCGUCUUCCUGGUCCGAUAUGAGCGACAGCAUUGGGAGCCGGCCCGAGUCUCGCGCCGACCAUGACAGCGGCAACCCAAAUCGCGACUUAUUCCAGGAGCAGAGGUUAUACGUAGAGACAAACCUUGAGAUACUCAUUCGAAUCCACGCCGCCAUCAAAAAGUCCGGCCUCAAGCUCAGGAACCAGCGCGCUGAUGACGAGCUCAAGAGAGCUGAAGAGAACUACCAACUUCAAAAGGUGGCGCUAGGCGAACAUCAGGCUCUCUACGGGAGCGAUGGCUCAAUAGGGCACCAUGAGCGGUUUAGGCGUUUUCUCAACAGACUCGUUCUGCGGAAUGGAUACACCGAGAGCCUGAUUCGUUACAUUGCUUCCAACAUCCAGGCGUUCAUCGUAGCACACGGGACCGAGAGCGAGGAUGAUCCAUACUUGAUACUUCAGGAAAAGCUUCUUGUUAUCUUUCGAGCCCAUCUUUACGACCCAGCUAGAUUAACGACCGUACAACGUCGCCUCAUCGACGCCAAAGUCGAACGCACCAGGAUCAGCGUCGAGCCCUCGGGCAGAAGCCGAUACUUGAGGAGAUGA